UUUGUUUAGGAUAAUGGAGAUACAACAUACAGUCUGAAAAUUUACACUGAAUCUUCCCCACGUCACCGAAACAGACGUCUCAACUAGGUCUAACAUAUUUCGUACCACGGUAGAGAGUGCAGUACUGGAGGAAUUGGCUUGAAAUAUGGUGCUUAUGACAACGAUUGCGAGGGUGGCGGACGCCCUUCCAUUGGCAGCGUCAAUGCAGGAGGAUGAACAGCAAGGGAGAGACUUGAUGGAAUAUCAGAACCAAGCUAAACAGUUGUUUAGGAAGCUGUCUCAAGAUCCACAGCCCCCAGCAAGGUGUAGUCUAGAAACUGGACCAUUUAUAUUUCAUUAUGUGAUAGAGAGAGGGGUUUGUUUCUUGGCGCUGUGUGAGCAGUCAUUUUCAAAGAGACUGGCGUUUUCCUUCUUAGAAGAUUUACAGACUGAGUUUACUUCCCAUUAUGGACAGAAAGUGGAUUCUGUUUCCAGGCCGUAUAGUUUUAUAGAAUUUGAUUCUUACAUAAAGAAAUCAAGGAAGAGUUACAUGGAUUCCCGAGCGAGGAAGAACCUGAGUAACAUUAACUCGGAGUUACAAGACGUACACAGGAUCAUGGUACAGAAUAUAGAGGACGUCUUGUUAAGGGGAGAGAACUUGUCUGAACUUGACAGUAAAGCCAGUAAUCUGUCUGUGAUGUCACAGAAAUAUAGGAAAGAUGCUCGAUACCUAAAUCUGCGAUCAACCUACGCCAAAAUCGCGGCCAUAGUCAUUGUCAUCAUCGUGCUCCUGCUGUUUUUGAGGUACAUGAUCUGGUGAUGAAAAAUACAAAGACGUUAGGGAAGUUUAAAAAGUGCUGUAAAAACAAGCAUCUAGUCUACCCUUAAUAUGCAACACACCCCAGGUUCAUGGAGUUGGGAAAUAAUUAAGUUAAUGUGCAUUGUAUUAUUGUUAUGAGGGUUUAAAAUGGUGUUGCUUGGAAGUACAUGUACCAAAAGAAUCAAUUUGUGAAAAAGAUAUUUUUCAUCUAGACUGUUUACAUGUCAAUAUUAGAUGAAAAACAGAUUCAAGGGAUUCAUGUAUGUUAAUAGUGUGUUUGAAGUCUUUAUUCAAAUUUUACUUUUCAAUGUUUUCAUGUGUUCAAAGCAUUCAGUUGUGCUUUAGUGGGAGGAUAUGUGCUAACAUUAGGCUGUGUGAACAUGCAUGUUUUAAUGAAUGACAAGAGUAAUAGUAUACUGUACCUUUAAGUUUUUGUUUUCAUCAUUUCAUCUGCUGAGGUUGUAUAGUACUGGGUAUAAUUAUAUGUUCACAGGGUUGUCCCUAAGAAUUAAAAUAGAGGGGGACAUUUAACAAGUAGAAGGGGAUCUAGGGUUCCUUCCCAAAUGGGGAGUUAAGGAGAAAUGUUUAAAUAACUAGGGGAUUACAUCACUAUAGGUGGGAAAAAUCCCCAGUCCUCGGGUCUUAGGGACAACCCUGAAUGUUCUGUCAUUAUGUGAGUAUGAAUCACAAGAAGAGAUAGUGAUGACUGAAUUGUACAUAUGGAGCUGGACAUUACAUAACUGAGGUGGACUUUUUCAAGUCCAUUCCAUUUUCAUGUUUGAAAAGCUUAUAUACUGAAUAUCACCAAAUAUUUGCCAUGCCUUAUUUUUGUGAGCUUGUCAUUUGCUAUUUUGAAAUUACACAUAAAUAUAUUUCUACUGAUAAAAAUAAAUGCGAGAAUUGAUUUUUCGCGAGUAGAGAUGAUCUUAAAAAAAAUUUAAGUUCUGAUGAAUACAAAAAGAUUUAUAGGGCUCCAAUCGUUAGAUAUUUUAGGGCAUGAACAUUAACAUUUUUAUUAGUGUUUUUCAUACAUACAUGUAUGUUUAUUUAUUAGAGAUGAAAUGUUCUGUAAGAUUUGGAUGAGUGCUUGGUGUGUAUGUGUCUUUAUAUGUCACUUUAUGACUUGUUGAAUAUACAUUGAAUUUCAUGACUUUGUUAUAAUUGGAUUAAACUAAUUCUACAAUA